AUGGCUUUACAACGUUUAACAACGCUGCGGGCGUUAAUGGCCAGUCAGCCGACUGCGCUGUCAGCUUACAUUGUGCCCACAGCAGACCCUCAUAGUUCAGAGUACAUAGCAGAUAUAGAUGCGAGGCGGUCCUGGUUGACAGGAUUCACUGGAUCGGCUGGUACAGCCGUGGUGACAAAUGACAAAGCACUGGUAUGGACUGAUGGGCGAUACUACACACAAUUUGAAAAGGAAGUCGAUUUGAAUCUGUGGACAUUGAUGAAGCAAUCCUUGCCAGAUACACCGUCAAUCGAGAAAUGGUUGAGUUCCAAUCUGGCAGCAGGGUCCGUUGUGGGGUACGACCCGCAUAUUAUGAGUAGAGAGGAGAAAACGCCUUUACAGCUAGCCCUUAAGAAAUCAAAGAUCCAACUUCUAGCAAUAUCGAAAAAUCUCGUGGAUUUAGCAAGAGUGGAACUAAAGAAUCCCCCACCAGAACGACCACACAACGAUAUUAUGUAUCUACCUAUUAAUUAUACAGGUAAAACUGCGGGAAAGAAAAUCGAAGAGUUGAGAGAGAAAAUGACUGAAAAGCGAGCAUCUGCAUUGAUUAUUACUGCCUUAGAUGAAAUUGCUUAUACACUAAAUCUUCGUGGCAGUGAUAUCCCAUACAACCCAGUCUUCUUCUCGUACCUUGUUAUAACACCUGCAAAGGUGAAACUCUUUUGGCACGAUGGAAAAAUACCAGAAACGAUUUUGAAGAGUAUGGAGGAAGAGGGAGUCCAGAUUGAAGGUCUUCCGUAUGAUCGAGUUGUUCCAAUUCUGGAAAAUAUGGCUAAAGAGCUGUCAGAGAGUGGUGACGGCGAACAUGACAUCUGGCUGUCAAGUGAAGCGAGUGAAGCCAUACAUAGAGCCGCUGGAGGGGAGGAUGUUUUGCAGAAGCCUCUGACUUUGAUGUCUGAAGUCUCGCCCGUCGCACUUAUGAAGUUGGUUAAAAACGAUGUUGAAAUGGAGGGUUUCAGGCAGUGCCAUAUCCGUGAUGGUACCGCGGUGGUGCGCUUCUUCAAAUGGCUUCACGAUGAAGUUGCUUCCGGUUCCAAUGUAACUGAGUUGGAGGCUGAUGCCAAAUUGUUGAAGUUCCGACAAGACGAAAAAGACUUUAUGGGUCCCUCGUUUGAGACAAUCCCCGGUGCCGGGGAAAAUGGCGCGAUCAUCCACUACAGCCCAUCGAAGGACGGUCCUCAACGCAUCAUUAGGGGAACAGAUAUGUUUCUGCUCGAUUCUGGUGGGCAGUACCGAGACGGAACAACUGACAUAACUCGGACGCGUCAUAUGGGCCAACCUAGCGCGGAGCAAAUCAGUGCGUUCACACGUGUACUUAAAGGGCAGAUAUCCUUGGGCACAGCACUGUUUCCCAAAGGAGUAAAGGGUAACGUCCUCGAUACAUUAGCCCGUAAGUCCCUGUGGGACGUAGGCUUGGAUUACGCCCAUGGAACGGGACAUGGAGUGGGACACUUCCUCAACGUACACGAGGGACCAUCAGGUAUCUCCUGGAGGCCAUACCCGCAUGACCCUGGUCUAAAACCUGGACAGAUAUUGAGUAAUGAACCUGGGUACUACAAGGUGGGAGAGUAUGGCAUCCGCCAUGAGGACCUGGUGGAGAUUAUUGAUGUUAACAAAAAUUCCUCUCAUCCAAAGGCAUCAAACCUGCUGGGAAACUAUGACGGUCGAGGCGUUCUUGGCUUCUCCACGUUGACAAUGGUGCCUCACCACAAGCAAUGCAUUAAUUUGGAAUUGCUUGAUGAUUUUGAGUUGUCAUAUCUAAAUGGAUACCACGCUAGAGUGCUGAACAUAUUGGGACCGAUUCUUAAACAGCGUGGCCUUUUGGAAGAUUAUAAAUGGCUUGCGCAGGAGUGCCAGCCCAUGAAGAGACAAUAA